AAGGGGGCGUAUUUUCGAUGACAAUUGGGCGGGGCCUCGAUGAGGUCAUCGGAGUAAACAGAAAAUAUGGCGACGCCAUACGCGGGAGAUCGGGUUUUAGGGACAAACGCGGUUAUUUCGGAGAGUUUCGCCAAGCAGUUAACCGAUUUACCAGCGGAAUUAUUAGAGCAUAUAUUGUGCUUCCCCGUUCUAAACCAUAUCGACAUUUACAACGUUUCCUGCACGUGCAAGAGGCUGCAUGACGUGUGCCAUGGCAGGGGAAAGGUCUGGGCGCAUCAGUACAAGCUCAGGUGGCCCAGGCUGCAGAGAUUUUAUCAGCAGAAUGAGUCAUACGAUUGGCUGAAGGAAUUCAAAACCCGGCACAUGGUUGGUCAACAGAUAAGAAGAACAGUGGAGUCUAUUUCCAAGAGGUUCUUCACAGAAGUUCCUUGCGUUGGUCAGGUUCUUGGAGACAGCUUUGCGGAAAUCGAGUCUCUUGGUGCUCCAGAACACUUCUGUGAGGAUGAGCUGCUUGGAAUUUUGAACUCAGACAAAAGGAAAUGUUUGACACUUAAGUACUAUGCAAAGAAAAUCCUGUACUUCCACCGGCAGCAGAAAAUUUUGAGGAAUUUGAAGCUUUUUCUUGAGCGACCACCGGAACAACAAUCAGCCCUUGAAGGUGCUGUUCUGGUCGAUCAGUAUUGCAACCCUCUGGCUGAUGUCACUCUUGAGAGCAUAUCUGCACAGAUAGAAGAAAUCACAGACAAGGUGAAGAAGCAUCUGCGAGUAAAAAAUGCCACACAUCCAAGUCUACGAGCCAGUCAAGGUGACUGCUUUGUUCUGGAAAACUUGGAGUUUCAAAGGCAAGUCAUAUGUGCCCUGAAUGCUGUGCUGUAUGACCAGCUACAGUACAAGGGCAAUGAGCGGGACUUCUACAAUCCACUCAACUCAUACAUACAUCAGGUGCUGGUCCGUCGGACAGGCAUUCCCAUCAGCCUCUCUGUGCUCUACAUGACUCUGGCCAGGAAGUUAGGAGUUCCUCUGGAGCCUGUCAACUUCCCCAACCAUUUCCUGCUCCGCUGGUGCCAAAAUCAAAGGAGGAGUGAUGACAUCUAUGACUAUGUAUACAUUGACGCGUUUGGGAAAGGAAAGCAGCUGGCUGCUAAAGAGUGUGAGAAUCUGAUCCAACACCAGGUGGGAGCAGAUUACUACAGUGCUAUAAGCACCAGUGAGCUGCUGCUGCGGAUGGUGGGAAACCUGCUUAACAUCGGCAAAAGAGGGGAAGGAAAUGAGAAAUCAUAUCAGCUCCUGCGGGACUGUAUUAAUACUUAUUUGAAGGUCGAUACUGUUUGGCUCCAGGUACAACUUUCUCUCUCUCUCUGUCUCAGGUGUUGGAUAUUCUUACAGCAUAUCCAGGCUCUGGACCCGUCUCAACACGGAGCGGUCGGGUAUCUGGUGCAGCAUACGCUUGAGCACAUCCAGCAUAAGAGGCAUCCGGUAGAGCCGGAGGUGAAGAGACGCAGCGUGCCUGAGCACAGGGACGUACUGUACUCUGUAGGCCUCAUCAUGAAACAUAAGAGGUGGGUUCCUGUUUGUUCAGGCUACAACUGCGAUAUAUACGGGUGGGACCCCCCUAUGUGCACCAUGAUCUGUCAGGAAUGGAUUAACACUAUGAGGGUCCAUCAGCUGUUCUCUAAGGGCCGAUCAGAUCUCUACAACGUCUUAGUGCAGGAUGGGACAUGUAGAUAUGCUGCGCAAGAGAAUCUGGAGCCUCACUCUGCCCCACUGGAGAUCGCUCACCCUGAGGUCGGCCGCUACUUCACCGAGUUUUCUGACACACACUACAUUGCUAAUGAAGAGCUCCAGACGCGUUACCCAGAGGACAUGUGCAGCACCCACAGGACUGUAGAGGAGCACUACCACGGUCUCACCGCAAACUCAGGGCAAUCGCCAGAGCCCACCGCCAAUUUUCAGGACCACGAUUUAUUAGAUCCGUAGACCAGAAUGCCACUUCCUUCCUUCCCUCCCCACUUUAGAUGCAUAGUCAUUCACUUUCUCCUGAACUGUUAUAACUGGUAAGGGACUGAACUUGAUGUUUGAAGAUCUAGUUAAAGGAAUAGUUCACACCCA